ACGUGGGGGUUUUUGACGUAAGAAGAAAAGUAAAAAUGUUUUGGAAAUAACAAACAAAUACUAUUUUUGUGUCCAAUUUAAAAAGAAAAACCCAAUCGCCCCAAAAAUCAAUAACUUGUACUAAAUUCCAUAGCAUGAAAAAAAGGCGUUCUCUGUGGGACGGGCUAUAGUUCCUAAAUCGGACUAUACUAAGUCGAGUAAUAGUGGUGUAAUAAUAUGACAGUGCUAAAUUAAACCAAGAAAAAUCGCCAUAACAAAUAAAAUAACUGUAUGUAACCUCUUUUUUUAUUUGUAAAACAGAGUAGUUUCCCUUCAACCGCAAGUUUUAGGUGCAUUUUUCUGCACAACGCAGUCUGCAUGUGUGCAUGGCACCUUUACUGUUAUAGUUUUAGAAGAUCCGUGUUUUCAAAGAGUCUGAGAAUUACAACACCUAUUAUUAGUAUUAUAACUAAUCAACGACCCUUCCAUAGCAUUAAGAAUGACGUAUUUCCCCUGACGAUUUUGCCCGCUAUUUCUGUUGACAAAAGAAAAAUGACAACAACAGCCAUCAUGGAUGGUACUACUAGUACUACUAGUAGCACACCUGUUACACGUAAAACAGUCAGCCUUGCUGACUACGAUGCGUAUGGAUUUGAUCUGGAUCACACUUUGGCAAAGUAUAAAUUGGUUGAGUUUUUCGAUAUGGUGUAUUCUUGUCUGACAAAUUUCUUGGUGAAUAAGAAAGGAUAUGAUGCCAAGUUGAAGACUGAUCUACAGAAAUAUAAAGAUUUCAUAUGCAAAGGUUUGUUUCUUGACAUUGAAAAAGGGAAUAUAUUAAAGCUGGCCGAUGAUGGUAGCAUUCUCAAAGCAGUACAUGGGACAAAAGAACUAACGACUUCACAACUGAAGUCUGAAUAUGGAGACGACCUGAAGUGGGAACAUGCAGAAACGGUGAAAAAGCUGUUGCGGAACCAAAAAGUUUCGUGGAGGUUCUUUGAAAAUUAUUUUGACACACCAGGGCUAGUAGCAAUGGCACAGAUUAUUGACAUCCUGGAUAGUAAGGCAGAUACGGACAAAGCAGAUGCCAGUGACUACUCCUUAGCAUGGCAAGAUGUUCUUGACGGUCUCAUCGAAAUGUAUACGUUUACCAAUUACGCAGAGGAUAAGGGAGAGUUUUUCCCAAUAUUCAAAAAGGAUCCUUCGAAGUAUGUGGAAGCCUGCAGCAGUGACAUCAAGAAAUGGCUGAAGUCUCUAAAACAGGACAACAAGGUUGUGUUUCUUUUGACUUCCUCGUACGUGGACUUUGCUGAUAAAACUCUAGAGGCAGCGUUGGGACCUGACUGGGCUACCUACUUUGACAUAAAUAUCUUCUAUGCCAGAAAGCCAUCCUAUUUUUCUGAUACUGCAUCUCACCAUAUUCUUGAGGAUGGCAAAGAUGUAGGACCAGCUGAUACCCUUAAAAAGAAUGGUUUUUACUCUCGCGGAAACCACAGAGACCUCAUGAAGUUUAUCUCAGAACAAACAGGCAAAGAAAAUCCUCAGGUGGUUUAUUUCGGAGACAACAUCUGUGCCGACUGUUACCCUGCUAAGAUGUUCGCGGGCUGGGGCACGGUGUUGUUACUGGAGGAGAUGGAUGCGGAGGGCUACACGUGUUCUGAUGGGACGGUGCCGCAACAUGAAGAUGAGGGCUGUGACGGGCAACCAGCAAGCAAAAAGUCAAAACUGCCUCACUUCGAGCAUAGUUCUUUAGUAACUCCUGAAGAACGAGAGUAUCUCACAUCACAAUUUUGGGAUACAUUUCUUUACCACGAGGACACGAUUAGACCAAAGCGAAUGAACACAUUUUGGGGAUCGGUUAUUAGUGAAUACAGUUGUAUCACUGUUCCAAGCCUUGAGUAUUUAGCAGGAGUUCCUCUCUCACAUCAGUUUGAGUCCUUUAAUGCAGUAAGCGGCAACACACAAGGAUUUCACCCAGGGAGACCGGCAUCUUUACUACCAUGAUGUACGUUGGUGACUCCACCUAAACAAUUGUUAUGUUACGUUUGAGACUAAAUAUCACCUAAAUGAUUGUUGAUGUUGAAGAUUGGAUUUAUCUUAGUCAUCUUUUAAAGCUGCAAUCUCAGUUGUGUUUUUUUAUUUACCAUUUAGAAUACUCAUUACACGUCGUUCUUUAAAGGCAUAUUGUCACAGACCACUGACCUAUUACAUGGCCUAACAAAUUAUACUUAAAAAUAUAUAUAUUUGAUUUAUCCCUAAAUGUACUUUAUUCAACCAUCUACUUAACCACCAUACUCCACUUAUUAAUGAUAUUUUGUAAAAAUAAUCGAAUUAUGGCAAUGGGCCAUAAUUCAAAAAUUUACAUUGCUGAGAGUGUUGACAUGGAUUUCACUCCAUCAUGGUGUAGUUAAAGUGAUGCAAUAGCUAGAUUUGGCCUGUAAAAAUUUAUGUAAUUUUGAUUUAUUAUUCAUUUUUAGAGAAAUAAAGUCCUUAAAUCUGUGGCUACAAAUUGCUAAUCCUAAAUUGAUCACCUAAAAACAAAUUUAUUCUCCAUUUUAUCAUUUGAAACUGGAGUACUAUUGCAGUGUUUUCUGUUAAUACAAUGUACAUAGUAAAACAAAAAUACAGUCAACGAUAACCAUUGAUAGUGAGAACACACAGGUUUAUUAAAACUGUAGGUGUGUUUGUAUUUUGCAUUAGUAAAUGAUGUUAGAAUAAUAUGGUCAAGUGAGAUUGCAACUUUAAACCUUAUUUUGAAGUAUUCUGUUUAUUGGAUACAAUAUACUCGGGAUUUUUUAUGUCAUUAUUUAUAAAAACAAUUAUAUUGAUAAAAGGCAUUUAAGAUAAACUUUCAAUAUAAAUUAAUCACUCGGUAGAGGGAUUUUUUUGUACUAUGGGGUUCAAACAGGCCCGACACCCAAUAGAUGAUGUAUUUUUAUGCUGGAGUGUCAUUAAUCAUUCAUUCAUUCACAUGUACAGCAGGGUACGGUCAAUUUUCAGAUAAAAAGAAAAAAUUAUCUGCUGCCAUUUUAUCUCUAAAGAGAUAUGUAGACAUAAUAUUGGAUGCCUAUAAUUUUACAUAUGUUAAAUACAGUUUUAACGUAAACAGGAAUCCAAAAGUGUCACAAAAAUUGAAAAAUACUAACAUCGCAUAAUGUGAAAGUAGCGUAACCAGCGCAAAACGAAAAAAAGAAUCCCUUCAAAUAAUUAUGUAUCUAUUUCAAAGGCAUAGCGCCCAUUACGCACAUUACGAAUGUGCGUAAUGCAAAAACAUAAUCUGGGAAUAGGUCGAGGCUGUAUGUAAUUGUUCUAUAAAAUAUUCUCUUAAAAUUGACUUGAAAAAAGAUAGAAAAAAAAUGCCUCCGAAAAGGUUCAGAAUGCUUCUGCAGCGGUUCUGAGUUUCAAAAUUUUCACAGGGGGAGACCUCCCGAAUCCCCCGGCUCGGGCACGCCUUUGAUGUGCGUAAUGCUAAAAAAAUGUGUGGUAAUGCCCCUGUAUUUUAUUUCGGUACUGGGGCUGAUAUUCAGUUCUUUUAUAAUAUUGUUUACUUACUUUAGCAAGCCUUAAAGACAUUUUUUUUGGUAAAAUGUUUUCUUUUGUAUUUGUUUUAACUUUAUGUUUGAGCUAAAAAC